CUAGCCUGAGGAAAGUUCAGGUGAUGAAAAACUCCACCAGCAGUCAAUUAUGAACUUGUAACACCAUGGAAGAAAAGGAGCUGGAGGAAAACAAGGAACACAAUUAUUUGUCUUCCUCUUUCAGAUAUGCAUUGAAGGCUGGCGAAAGAAAAAUAAAAACAUUACUGGAGUCGUUUACUUGAUACCAGUCUCAAACCAUUGGUUACUUUCACACAAGAGUCUCCCAGGAUGACUAGAUGAAGAGACGUGAGCAGUGUGGAUUGCUAUGGAACCAGUCCCCAACUGUAGUGACGUGUGUGGCUCCACAGACUGCAGCUUCGACCCAGGAAUUAACACAGAGGAAGGCUGGAAGGUGCUGCAGAAACUCUGCAAAAUUGCCAUCACGAGCUCAGUGAAUGAGUCCCGGAUCUCACCCGCUCUCUGCUCUGUGAUUUGGGUAUUGCUGUCCUGUGGAAUACUGCUGGCAAUAUUCUUCUUAGCCUUCACUCUCAGAUUCAAAAGCAACAGGAUUGUGAAAAUGUCCAGCCCCAACCUCAAUGUGGUAACCUUGUUUGGAAGUGUUCUCACUUACAGCAGUGGCUUUAUGUUUGGGAUCGAAGAGAGCACAUUACUGCCAGGAACAGCCAUGAGAACACUGUUACAGGCACGGAUCUGGACUUUGUGCAUUGGCACCUCGCUUGUGUUUGGACCAAUCUUAGGAAAAACAUGGCGGCUUUACAAGGUUUUUACCCAGCGCAUGCCAGACAAGAGGGUGAUUAUUAAAGAUAUCCAGUUGAUGGGAUUGGUUGCUGGUUUAAUGCUGGUGGAUGUAGUUUUUCUGACAACCUGGGGCCUGACUGACCCAGUUCAGUGUAUGAAAUCUAUCAGCGCAGCACUAAGGGUGUCUAGCAGGGACGUCUCUUACUCUGUGACAGACCUGGAGACCUGUGCUUCUGUGUACACUGAUGUGUGGAUUAUUCUUAUUUCUGUCCUCAAGGGGAGCCUUCUGCUGUAUGGGACAUACUUGGCUGGGCUGACCAGUAAUGUGAGCUCUCCUCCUGUAAACCAGUCUCUCACCAUCAUGGCAGGGGUCUACCUCAUCACCCUGUCAGCUGGAGUUACCAUUCCUGUCACACGCUUCUUCUACACCUGGCCCAACCUGGUAUACAGCUUCAUCUCCGGGACAAUCUUUAUCUGCACGCUGACAAUCAACUGUCUGGUAUUUAUACCUCAGUUGACCCAGUGGAAGCAGUUUGCAGAUGAACUGAAUCAAAGUCCUAGACAGAUGGCAAAGUACUUCAGCAGCCCUAGCAAAAGCAUCCAUUCUAUGUACAGCGAGGAGGAGAUUUACUGCUUGCUCGGAGAGAACAGCUCCAUGAAGAGGCUACUAACAGAGAAAAACGCAGUGAUAGAAAGCUUGCAAGAACAAGUGAACAAUGCCAAGGACAAGCUUAUGAAGCUGAUGCCAGUGCACUGUGGCAAGGAUCACACAGAACUGAAUUCCACCACCAAGUCAAGCUUAGCAUUCACUCAGAUCACAGAGGUCAGACUUGAAGGCCAUAGCCAGGGAAUGGAAGGCCUGGAAAUUAUUAAAGAACCGUAUUCUUCAGACACACCUAGCAAUCUAGAAAGCAAACCUGCUCCACAGAAGGAUCUAGUAUUUACUUCAGUAUUGGAGUAUAACAGAGACCAUUGCUCAAGUCAUGACUUGGGAUCGGUCAAUGUUAGGCAACAUUGUGACUCCCCCAGUCAUAUAGAUACGGAGCUGCACCAAUUAGAUUCUAAACCUGUUUCCAAUCCUCAUCAGAACAUCAACCUUCAGAACAACAAAACGGAGAAAUAUGUGCUGUUGACAUCCUCAGAUUCAGGCUCAGCACUGCAUAUGUCACCUAAAACUGUGGCUCCUGAGAGCUCUGAUUCAACCAAGGAGCAGUUAAUGGCAAAUAAGCACAACUAUGUAAGCAGUGAGAAACUACAAGAGAUCUUACAGGAUCUCAGUAUAGAUGCGGUCAGCUCUUUAAGGUCACCAGCCAUGGCAAGGAAAGAUGCAAAUAUACAAGAAGCUGACCCAUCAAGGAUGCAAAAGGAAUUACAGUUUUACUGCCAAAGUAUUUCUCCAUACAUAAUGAGGAAAAGAAGGCCUCCGUUCAAUCCAAUGAGGGGGGCCCCUCCUCCAUAUUGUUUCCCUGGGUAUUUCCCUCCACAUGCGAGGUGUGUGGCAAGCAAUGAACUUGUAAGAAAACAUAAUAAUAUGGACACAAGGACUAAACCCAACAGUGAUGAUUUGCUUCCUCCAAAUACGGCUUCAAAGGACGUGGAUCAGCUCCCAACCAUAAGCAAAGAUGAACCCUCUUCUUAUGGUUCACAGUUGGCAUCAGUGAGAAGGGCUAAGUGUGGUAACAGGUGUGACUACCCUGGGGGCUACUCUGACUCUCACAAGAAGUCAGAACAAGCUUGUAUAUGUAGUAUUAAACCUUUCUCAGGGUUUAACUCCAAAGGUUUACCAUGCAGAGAAUCAGAAAUAGAAGACCUGGAGCAGUCUCUCUAUGAUUAUUCAGACUCAGACUCGAGUAGCUCCGAGGAGGAUUUUUGUUACAAACCUUACUACGACACUUAUUUUCAGGGACCAUAUGAAUCCACUGAGAGUAAUACCUCAGAAACAUCAGACAGUGAACUAGGUGUAUCUCCGGCUCACUGGGUUAAGGCCUACAGUAAGGCCCAUCCUGUUGUUAACUUUAAAGAGGACUUGAAACCAACUUUUGUAUAGACAUAUUUCCUAAAUGGCUUCUUCUAUGAUAGACAGCUUGACA